AUCUCGAGAAUUCAAACAGCGUCUUCGUCCUCCACGUCGACACCCCGCAUCCUACAAAUUCCCUGGAUUUGCUGCUGAAUUUUCAGAUACCGGCCCCGGGGGAUAACUUACAAACACACAAGAAGGCACAGAAUGGAUGCCCUCGUGGCGCGGUACAGCCGGCCGGCGUACCGGCAGAACGAGGUCUUCACGGAGCAGGAACAGCAGGACCUCGCCGAUGCCGUGCCCAGCCUCUCACUCAAGUUUGCCAUGCCGCCGGUGGCGCACCCCUCAGCCUGGCUCCGCGCCGCGACAGACGACCGAUCGAACCCGGCGUGCCCGAUCAAGAUUGCGCACGGCACGACGACGCUGGCGUUCCGCUUCCAGGGCGGCAUCAUCGUGGCCACCGACUCGCGCGCCACGGCGGGCGACUGGAUCGCCAGCCAGACGGUCAAAAAGGUCAUCGAGAUCAACUCGGUCCUGCUGGGCACCAUGGCCGGCGGCGCCGCCGACUGCCAGUACUGGCUCGCCUGGCUCGGCAUGCAGUGCCGCCUGCACGAGCUGCGCCACAAGCGCCGCAUCAGCGUCGCCGCCGCCUCCAAGAUCCUCGCCAACCUGGUCUACCAGUACAAGGGCAUGGGCCUGUCCAUGGGCACCAUGUGCGCCGGCGUCACCGAGGAGGAGGGCCCCGCGCUGUACUACAUCGACUCGGACGGCACCCGGCUGGCCGGCAACCUGUUCUGCGUCGGGUCCGGCCAGACGUUCGCCUACGGCGUGCUCGACGCCGAGUACCGCUAUGACCUGACCACCGAGGAGGCGCUCGAGCUCGGCAGCCGCAGCAUCCUGGCCGCCACCCACCGCGACGCCUACUCGGGCGGCUUCAUCAACCUGUACCACGUCAAGCAGGACGGCUGGGUCAAGCACGGCUUCACCGACACGAACCCGGUGUUCUGGAAGACCAAGCUGGAGAAGGGCGAGUUCAGCAACGUCACGAGCGAUCUCUCGGACUAGAUGUUGGGGCUGGUGGGGGAAAUGGCGGUGAUGAAUAGCGGGGGGUCACUUAGAGAGAACGGGAAUGUCGUGGUGGCAUUCGGUUUUGGUAUUUUCACGAUGGGGCGGCGGGACCACGGCGUCAGUCAAUUGGGAUCAGGGCAGAAAUCAAGACGAGCGACGGGCUUGUACAUACAUACAUGUACAACAGAGCAUUGGUGCAGC